UGACGUCGACAGCCGACCAACCGUUGAGUAUACACCGGCGAGUCCUGCAGAAACCUGGGCUCCGCUGGCUGGAGACACCGUGUACUGCAGUGAAAAGCGUUUGAUUCUUUUAACAUCAUUUUCACAAAUGGCUCUGGUGCCCUAUGAUCAUUCGUUGCUUCCUGGACUCAAGAAGCUACACGACUCAUCCUCUGCAUUUCAGUUUGCUGGUCGCCACGUCAAGAUUUCGCAGGAUUGGGGAAAACUGGGAGUUGCAGCGGUUGUGUGGGAUGCUGCUGUUGUCCUCUGUACAUACCUUGAACUAGGAGCAGUUGAACUGAAGGGCAUGUCUGCAAUAGAGCUGGGUGCAGGAACAGGACUUGUGGGGAUUGUAGCCACACUACUCGGUGCCAAUGUUACCAUCACAGACAGAAAAUCGGCGCUAGAAUUUUUGCAAACAAAUGUCAAAGCCAAUCUUCCACCAGAAGUACAAAUGAAGGCUAGAAUUGCUGAACUGACCUGGGGGGAAAACCUGGAAUGUUUUGAAAGGAGCAGCUAUGAUCUUAUUUUAGGAGCUGAUAUUGUUUAUCUUGAAGAAACAUUCCAAGAUUUGCUGAACACACUGGACUACUUAAGUUCUGAGAAGACAACGAUACUGCUUUCUUGUAGAAUUCGAUAUGAGCGAGACAGCAAAUUCCUGAAGAUGAUGGAGCAAACCUUUAUGGUAAGUGAGGUCCACUACGAUCCUGAACGGGACAUUCACAUAUACAAGGCCCAAAAACACCCAACUAGUCGGGACUUAUGAAAAGUACCUGUGACCCCAAAUUUGGAUAAUGUGAGUUUGAAAAAUGGUUGGAAUUUGGUUUAAUUUUGCAGAAGAUCUUCUGGCUCCUCUAUCACAGACAACUGAAAUGCGUUACUUGACUUUUUUGGAUCUAUAAAACCCACAUUUUAAAAAUCUGCAAUAAUAUACAUCUGUGAUGAAAUUCAUUUGUUUAGCAUCUAAACUACUUCACAACUGGAACAAGGUACUGGUACCGAAAAUAAAGGCCAAAGUGACUGAAUGUGUGUCGAG